ACAUCGAUUUCAGUUCCAGCUACAUACAAAAGUGCAUUGAAAAGUUACAGAAAUAUGCCAGUUUGUAAAUAUUAAAACCACUAGCUCAUCUUAAUGGAUAAAUAGGUGUCUUAGUAGCGGACUUCGGUUGUUUUUAUUUGUGAAAUGCUAACCUUUUGCCUGCAGUCAUUCGUAUUGCAUGGUGGGUGUGUGUGUGUGUUCGCCUUCUGAUUGGAGAAAAAUGAACGGACUGCGACAACAACAACAGCAGCAACAACAGAGGGUGAAGUGAGCGCAGAGUGCAGCAAUUAAGUUUAAUUAAGCCAAACAAUUGACUGCGAAGAGUCUGAGCUGUGGUGUCGCCCCCGAAAAGUGCAUUUAUUAAGGCGAUAUCCAAUUCAAGAUCGCCGGGAAGUAAAAACCCAACAGUUGACGAAAUGCCACCGUUGAAAACAUACCAGAUACACGAAUACAAUGGCAAUCCCAGUCCGAAUGCAAAUGCCAAUCAGAACGCCAAUCAGAAUCCCACCGGCGGCAGCGAUGGUGACUUCUUUGGUCAAAAUCUGGGAUCUGGAUCGGGUCUGGGAGCCACAGCGUCCAGCCAUCGCACAAACCUGCCCUCCUAUUGCAACGCCCAGUAUCCGUUUAAGGUGCUCUCCAAUCUCAAUCAACUGCGCGAGCAAUCGCGUUUCUGCGACGUGGAGAUCAUCGCCGGAAUGGCCACAUUGAGUGCCCACCGGGCUGUCCUGAGUGCAGCCAGUGCCUACUUCGAGGCCAUGUUUCGACCCGAGCUCGGGUUGAAUGAGGUCAAGCAAAAAUCCGUGGUGCUGCACACAAUCGACGGCGAUAUCCUGCACAUCCUGCUUGACUUCAUCUACACGGGUCGCUGCGAAAUCACCCAGUCCAAUGUCCAGGAGCUGCUGGCCGCCGCCGACAUGCUGCAGCUGAACGAGGUGGUCGACGGGUGCUGCGAGUUCCUCUGCCGCGAGCUGCACGCCUCCAAUGCCCUGGGCAUUUUACGCUUCGCCGAGGCCCACAACUGCGAGUCGUUGGCCAAGAGUGCACUGAACUUUGUCCACGCCAAUUUCCCAGCGAUAACGCUUGAGGAUGAGUUCCUAGAAACGCCACAGACCCUACUCUCGCAGCUACUGAAUUCGGAGCUGUUGCGUGUGGACUCCGAGUCGCAGGUGUUCCAGGCGGCACUCCGCUGGAUUAAGCACGACGUGACGCAGCGCCGUUGCUACGUCUUCGAUGUCCUGUCCCACGUGCGCAUGGCCCUUGUUCCGGUGAAGGUGAUCGACAAGGCACUGAAGGACGACUGUCGCGACAUGUCCGUGAAGAUAGCCCUGCGCUCCAUUUGCCGGGACAUUGCGUCAAAGCGCGGACAAUUGGUGCCACUACGGGUCUGUCCACGCCAGCUGGCCAAGAAGAAUAUAUAUAUCAUUGGUGGAUCUCACCGGGACACGCCGCGAACCUGGAACUCGGCCGACUGCAUCUUCGAGACGGUGGCCAAAUUCGAUAUAUUCCGCCGCGAGUGGACGGAAACGGCGCCCAUGGAGGUGGGACGCAUCCUACCAGGUGUAUCCGCAUUGAAUGGCAAGAUCUAUGUAGUUGGAGGAGAGCGCGGGUCACAGAUUCUGGCCAAUGGCGAGGUCUAUGAUCCACAGAACGAUGUUUGGCAACCGAUUGCCCCGAUGAUUGUGCCGCGCUGCGAGUUCGGUCUCUGCACCAUGGGCGGAAAUCUGUUUGCCGUGGGCGGAUGGAUUGGCGACGACAUCGGCGGUUCCAUGGAGUGCUAUGAUCCGGAGCAGGAUCUCUGGAAAUUAAUGGGCAGCAUGCCGCAGCCCAGAUUCAGCAUGGGUGUGGUCAGUUUCGAGGGUCUCAUUUACAUUGUGGGUGGCUGCACAACUACAACCCGUCAUCUGCCGGAUUUAAUCAGCUUCAAUCCAGUGACAAAAGAGUGGACCGAGCUGGCCCGCAUGCAAACAGCUCGCUGUCAAAUGGGUGUGGCCGUUCUGGAUCGGUACUUGUAUGUGGUUGGGGGCAGUAGCAUCAGCCAGGACAUUCUCAGCUCCGUGGAACGCUACAGCUUCGACGAGGAUAAGUGGACUACAGUUUGUGCACUGAACGUGCCCAGAGCCAUUCCUGCCGUGGCCGCCGCCGAUGGCCUACUCUAUGUAGCUGGCGGUGAUCAGCCCUGUGAGGUUAACUUUUACCGAGCCCAAGUGACUAUCAAUGCUGUCGAAUGUUAUGAUCCGCUUUCGGACACCUGGAAAAACUGUCCCGAUCUACCAGUUAGUCGUUCGGAGGCCGGAGCAGUGGUUGUUUAGGACCUCGGACUGGUGCGAGAUGGUCAAACACAAAAUCUGUCGUCGUUUUAAGAAAACACACGCGAAAAACACUCUUUAACUGUAGCUCUUUGACAUUGUAUACGUUACACACAUCACAAAUCUCUUCCCUUUUUUUCGAUUCAAUUGAACGUAGUGGUCACUUGCCAAAGAUAUGUGAGCGCGUUGUUACGGUUGAUGUUGUAUGUGGGAGCAUAGCGCAGCUAUUCACCAGUUAGUACACAUGCUAAUAGUUAGCCACGAUGGAAGCAGCCAGCCUCAGAUUGUUCCGUAGUUGGAGUUGUCCUUUAUAAAAGCGAAACCAAACACCGAAAAACCAAAGCAUUCACUUUGAAAACAACCAAUUUAACGUAUCGUAAUUGCUGAACAUUAUUUAAAUCAAUUAUUUGUUUAUUUUCAAAUGAAUUAUCUACUUUUAUUGUUGAAUGCUGACCAGAGUGUUAGGAACAAUGUUUGAGGCGCCCUUGAAAAGAGCGAAAUCUCCACUGAGCUUUGUAUUAAGUUUAGACAUUAGGGACGUUUCCUUAUCUGAAUGUUAAUUCGACUAAUUCCAUCCCAACAGUAUUUUAUCGCUAAUGCUCGAAUAUUUAUAUGAAUGCAAUUUUAUAGAACGUAUGUGUCAGUGAUUAUUUCUUUUUAAAGUCUUUUCUAAUUUAUUAUUGUUUUAUCAAAAUCUAAAAUAUCGUAACAAGUUUUUCGUUACUUUUAAUAAAAUGGCAUAAAGAUAAGAAAGAGUCCCUAACAGUACCAAAGCAAGUUAAUACAAACAAUCAAAGAUGCGAACUGUAUUCAUAAUAGGUGUAUUAUCGAAAUAAAUAUACGAAUUAUUAACUAACAACUAAAAA